GCUGCUCUCCCACACUGGCUGCUAUGACCUAGCUACCGGAGGACACUCUCUGCUCUCAGGACUGACCGCUGCGUCUAAAAUAGUUUGUUGUAGUGUUUUUUUUGGCAACCAUACCUUCAACAUACAGUCGUUUAUGGUUGCAUUGCUGCGACUUUUUAAUCUUAGCUGCUAGCCUCUGGGGCUAGUAGAGCAGUGACAGAUAGGAACCAGCUGGUCAGAGGUACAGUAACGUUAGCAACAAGCUAAUUAGCCUGGAUUACUGUCUUUAAUCACAGAGAGUCUGCCGGUUUACUCACUGCAGCAAAAUGAAGAUCACUGUGGAAUUCGAGGAAUGUUUGAAGGACUCCCCACGGUUCAGAGCGACCAUAGAGGAAGUGGAGGGGGAUGUGUGUGAGUUGGAGUCCAAGCUCGACAAAUUGGUGAAGUUGUGCAUUGGGAUGAUUGAUGCUGGAAAAGCCUACAAUGCCGCCAACAGGCAGUUUGUGAACGGGAUCCGGGAGCUAGCCCAGCAGUCCACCAAGGAUGAGGUCAUAGAGUCGAGUCUCACAAAGUUUGCUGAGAGCCUGCAGGAGAUGAUCAACUAUCACACGAUACUAUUCGAUCAGGCCCAGAGAUCAAUCAAGAUCCAGCUUCAGACAUUUAUCAAAGAUGACCUACGUAAAUUUAAAGAAGCCAAGAAGCAAUUUGAUAAAGUUAGCGAGGAAAAGGAGGCGGCGCUGAUCAAGAACGCUCAGGCUCCCCGCAACAAGCAGCAUGAAGUGGAGGAGGCCACCAACAUCCUCACCGCCACACGCAAGUGCUUCCGACACAUCGUCCUCGACUACGUCUUACAGAUCAAUGUGCUACAAUCAAAAAGAAGAUCAGAAAUCCUGAAAUCAAUGUUGUCCUUCAUGUAUGCCCACCUGACGUUCUUCCAUCAAGGAUAUGACCUCUUCAGUGAACUACAACCUCUGAUGAAACAGCUUGGAGGACAGUUGGACCUGCUGGUGGUGGAUGCUGCCAAAGAGAAGAGGGACAUGGAACAGAAACACUCCACUAUCCAGCAAAAGGACUUCUCGAAUGACGACACCAAACUGGAGUACAAUGUGGAUGCAGACAAUGGCAUCGCAAUGGAGGGCUAUCUGUUUAAGAGGGCCAGCAAUGCCUUUAAGACGUGGAAUAGGCGUUGGUUCUCCAUCCAGAACAAUCAGCUAGUUUACCAGAAGAAAUUUAAGGACAACCCUACAGUGGUGGUGGAAGACCUGAGGCUCUGUACCGUCAAACACUGUGAGGACGUGGAGCGCCGCUUCUGUUUCGAAGUGGUGUCGCCCACAAAGAGCUGUAUGAUGCAGGCAGACUCGGAGAAGCUGCGUCAGGCCUGGAUCAAAGCCGUCAACAGCAUCGCCACCGCCUUCCGUGACAAGGGGGAUGAAGGCGAGAAGCUGGACAGGAAGUCUUCCACGUCAACAGGAAGCCUGGACUCUGGUGGGGAGCCGAAGGAGAGAUCACUGAAGGGAGAGAGCGCCCUGCAGAAGGUCCUGGUGAUCCCAGGAAACACCUGCUGCUGCGACUGCGGACAGCCAGACCCCCGCUGGGCCAGCAUCAAUCUGGGCAUCACCCUCUGCAUCCAGUGCUCCGGUAUCCACAGGAGUCUGGGAGUGCAUUUCUCUAAGGUGCGGUCUCUGACUUUGGAUACAUGGGAGCCAGAACUUCUAAAGUUGAUGUGUGAACUGGGAAACGGAGCGAUCAACCAGAUCUAUGAGGCUCGGCGAGAGGAGCUGGCAGCCAGGAAACCCCAGCCAGGAGAUCCAAGGCACGAGGUGGAGGCCUACAUCAAAGCCAAAUACGUGGACCGCCGGUUUGUUCGCCUGCCAUCGGACGAGGAGCUUCGCAACAAAGUGGUUUCUCUUAGCAAACAGGAGAAGAGGCUGAGCAGCAGCUCCGAGCAUCUGCCCCCGAGACCACCACCCCCCACCCCGAAACUGAGACCCGGUCAAGCAGCGGUUGCCAGCGGCUCGGGGGCCCGCCGCGAUUCUCUCUUCUGUGCUGACGAGCUUGACUCGCUCUUCUCCUACUUUGACAACUCUGCCAAGCUCAGGAGCAUCAAAAGUGCCGACAGCGGCAUCCAGAACAGCGCUGAUGGGAGCCGAGAGAUGCUGGCCAACACCCCGUCCAAUAACAGCCUCACAGAUGCAGACGCGGCAGAGCCUCCGGCCAUGCCCAUGCCUGCCACGCUGCCUCCUCCAUCCCCCUGUAAGGAGAUGGUUUUCUACGAGCCGAAGGAGUACAGCUCGGGUCUGCAGCUCUACUGGGCUGCAUGCGCCCGCAGCCUGCCCGACAUGUCGGAGGCGCUGGCCCACGGAGGCGAGGUCAACUGGGUCAACACGGAGGACGACAAAAGAACGCCGCUCAUCAUGGCCGUGCAGGGGGGUUCGCUGGUCACCUGUGAGUUUCUGCUCCAAAAUGCAGCUAAUGUGAACCAGCAGGACGCCCAGGGCCGAGCGCCGCUCCACCACGCCACCAUGCUGGGACACACAGGGCAAGUGUGUUUAUUCUUAAAAAGAGGAGCAAAUCAAAAUGCUGCGGACAUUGACGCAAAAACUCCCCUGGCGAUAGCGGUGGAAGCGGCCAAUGCAGACAUCGUCACACUGUUGCGGCUGGCCAAGAUGAACGAGGAGAUGCGAGAGGCGGAGGGGCCCUACAGCCAGUCAGGAGAUGAAACAUACCAAGACAUUUUCCAGGAUUUCACCCACAUGGCUUCCAACGACCCGGAAAAGCUAAACCGCUACCAGCAGUACGACCCCCCAAAACCCUGACACAACAGAAACUCCGUCCACUAGCACACAGAGACUGUCUGAUUAACCCCCCCUCCGACCUCUGUUGCCGCUCAGUGCUGCCACAGCUGGACUCCUCUCACAUCAUCAUCAACCGUCUGUGAACAGCAAACCUCACUAUUCUUUUUUUUAAGCUGUGCUGUCCAGUACUUUUAUGACUGAAUGGUACAGUGUGAAAGCAUUUGAAGGGAUUUGAUAUGUCGGAACAACUCAGAGUGAUAAUUGAGCUGAAUGUAGAGCCGCCAUUACGGCUGUCAGUUAUUUGAAUGUUUUUCUAUCACUGACAAAAGAUAUUCAAAGGCAUUUUGUUAAAAAACAGGUGUUCUGCAUCAGAGUUGUAAAGAGGUGAGUGCAUGACCAACUUUUAAAUGCUCCAUUUAUAUUUUUAGGUGCUUCCUCUUUUUAAUAGGAUUUGUUUUAUGAUAAUAAGCCUCUUUUUUAUAUCAAACUUGUGCAUCAGUGAACUCUCAGCAGCGUAUACAUGGCAAUAUGCUUUUACUCAUUUGCACAAAUCCCUGUAUGAAAUCGCCACUGAUGUUUACCAGUUUUGAUGGUAAGACUUUGACAUGUUAAACAAUGUACAGUGAUUAUACAUGUUUUUGAUGCCUGCAAUGUUAAAUAUAUAAUAGUUUUUGGAUUUUUAAAUGCUAGAUCUCUUUUCUGUGAAUGAUUUUAAUUUCUCAUGUCACCGUAUCAGUCCAUUGGAGAGGUUAUCAGCCCUUAAGUGUCCUGAUUCAUGUUGAUUAAAAAUAGCUAAGAUGAUGGUAAUUUAUAGAUUCAGUCCAUUCUGAUUUUCAAAAGUUGAGAGGUAGUUGUAGAAUCAAGUGUGUUGCAGCUAUUGUAUUCCUGUUGGUUGUAGAGGGUUUUUCAUAGCAAAAACAAUGUCAUGGAAGUUUCCUGCAAAGGACUUUAUCAUUUGGUUUAAAUUAUGGGAAAUAUAGGAUUUUCCCUGAAAGAAGAUUAAUUGAACUCCAGUCAAUGCUGAAUGGAAUUGGUUAAACUCAGUAGCUUCAUGCUACACAACGCACCGGUGAAUCUCUUCACUGUGCAGGAGCUCACCUUCUUUUGAUACAGGAGUUAGCCAAAACAACAUCAUAAAACUAUACCAAAUACUGAAAAGAUAGAUAAUAACUGAGUAUAAACGCAGUGAAUAGCUAUUGCUGAAAAAUGCUGAUCAUAAAUAGUAUACAAAAUUAGAUUGAUUUCAUGUACUUAGUUCUCUGUUUAAUUUUCAUGAUCGUCUGACCUGUGCACUUACCACAAACUCUUGUUAUGCAGGAAGAUGAUUGGAAUAAAUUCAUCAGACAGUUAAACACUGUCUCUGUUUCCCUGUAAUACAAGCAAAUGACAUAGACCUUUCAAGUAAACUUCUCAGGAAUUAAAUUAUGAAAUGAAUGAGCUGUAAGUGUUGCAGAGAAAAUGUUGAUAGUCUGCAAAACGUCCAGAUAUGUUGGAGAAUCUGGAAAGAUGGUUGACCUGCAGUUGUACAGUCCCUGUCAUUCCAUGUGAUCAGUUGUUCAAAAACAUUUCCUCUUAAAAAAAGGCGACUGAAAUUCUUCAAUCCACAAAUUAAUUCUGCAAAUUCCCUGAUAGAUAUCAUGUGUACUGUAGGAAGUGUUUUCUUUAAAACUGUAAAAUCUCUUCUCUCUGACAUGAAUGGUGUUUAGUAAGACAUGAAGCGCAGAGGAGUCUUUUAGCAUGCAGCUUGGGAUACAAUUCUUGUACAUUUUGUACAGAUGCUUUUGAAUAGAGAACUGAAGUAUAAAGGUAGUGGUACUUGAAUCAUUAAAUAAGCUUUUGUAAAUGCGGUUCUUUGUAUCCUUUGGUAAUUUAGCCUCUUUUAUAUUGCCUGUCUGUGUACCAGUAUACAUAAUGUACUGUAUAUUCUAUCUGUAAUAUGUAAGAAUUCAAUACAAAUGGACUAAGACUUCA